AUGCGUCGUAAACAUGAUCAAGAAGGUCUCUUGACUAUGGCAAAUAAGGGACCAAAUACUAACAAUUCACAAUUCCUUAUAACUUUAAGGCCUACCCCCCAUUUGGAUGGUAAACAUGUAGUCUUUGGAAGGGUAGUUACUGGAUUUGAAGUCGUCCAAGCAAUUGAAAAUACGCCUGUAGACGAUGAUGAUCGCCCAAUUGGCAUUGCUAUGAUAGCACAGUGUGGUGAAUUGGAAUUGAAAAUUCCUCCGAACGUAAAAAAUAAAACCAAGCAAAAGCAUGUUGAGAAAAAGGAAUCAUCUGAAUCCUCAUCUGAAUCUGGCUUUGGCUCGCAGAAAAAGAAGCGCAAAAAGUCUUCAAAGAGACCCAGAUCGGAGUCUUCUGACCCGUCAAGUGAAUCUAGCAGCGAAUCUGAAGAUGAACUAUUUCUAAAUCCCGUUCAAGAUCACCUGUCCGGUUCUCCGGAUACUCGGCAUGCCUCGCGUUCAAGAUCCUACUCUCCGCGUCGUCGUUCAGCUUCCAAACCCGCUGAUACAUAUAUUCCAUCACGUCGUCGAGAAAGGCGAUCAAGAGUUCAUGAUCGAAGUCACAGUCCAAAUCGUGAUCGAGAAAGAAGUCGAGACCCAGUUCGCGGACGAAGUCGUGAUAAAGCCCGAGAUAAAAGUGAAAGCCGUCAUCAAUCUCAAAGUCGAGACAAAAGCCGAGGUCGUGAUGACAGUCAUGAUCAAAGCCCAGUCCAAGAUCAAAAUCGAAGCCCAAUUCGGAAUAGUAAUCGUGAACGAGAUC